AUGGCGGAACUGGAAAGUCUGAGAGGAGGAGGGUUGAAUGUUGGACCACCGGGCAUAAAUGGAGAUGAAGAAGAGGAGGAAGACUCGCCUACAGUUUUACUCAGUGUUUUAGCCCAGCAUGGACAGAUGGGCCUCUGCUUCUAUGACAGCAAGGACUCCUCUUUACGCUUCAUGAGAGACACUCCGGACACCUCCGAGCUCCGCCUGCUGGCCAGAGUCAUCCAAGAGGUCGGUCCUCAUGUCAUAAUCACGAGUGCAAAGCAGGAGCGCUGCAUGACAACCUUCCUGCAACAACUUGGUUCAAACCCAGACUACAAACCUGAGGUUGUUACUUAUCCAUAUGUGGAUUUUGGUCUGGAGGUCGCUAAGCAGAGGUUACUUUCGGCCCAUCUGCCUUUCCUUCCUGCCUCCAUUUCAGACAGAGACAAAAUGUCCUACCUCUCUUCCUGUAUCUCCUUUGACUCACCCCUGAUGCUGAGGGCAGUGGGUGCUCUGCUAAAAUGUCUGGACAGAAGGAGAGUGGGAGUGGAGCUGGAAGACGACAGUGUUGGAGUUCCUAUCCUACAGUUCAACGCCUACACACUUAAAGGUGUUGUUUGCAUUGACCAGGAUACCUACAGUGUCCUGCAGGUCUUCAAAUCAGAACUCCACCCAUCGGUGUACAAGCUGCAUUCAGGGGAAAAGGAAGGACUCAGUCUUUAUGGGAUACUGAACCGCUGCAGGUGCAAGUUUGGCUCGAAACUGCUACGCCAGUGGUUUCUGCGGCCAACACAGGACUUGGCCGUGUUACACAGGAGACAGGAAGUGAUACGUUUCUUCACAUCGCCUCGGAACUCCGACGCCCUCAGCACCCUGCAAUCCUCGCUACGCAACAUCAGUAACAUACCAACUCUUCUGCGCAGGAUGUCUCUCUCUCACACCAAAGUGUCCGACUGGCAGAGUCUCUACAAGACAGUGUACAACGUGGUGUGUGUCAGGGACACGGUGCGACACCUGCCUCAGUCCAUUCAUCUAUUUCACGAUGUCAGCGAAGGUUUCUCUGAUGACCUCCACCAUAUCGCUUCCCUCAUCAGCCGAGUUGUGGACUUUGAAACCAGCAUAGCUGAGAACCGCUUCACCAUCAAACCCAACGUGGACCCAGCAAUCGAUGAGAAGAAGAGAAGCAUGAUGGGGUUGUCUGACUUCCUGACCGAUGUGGCCAGAAAAGAACUGGAACACCUGGACGCUCGCAUUCCCUCCUGCUGCGUCAUCUACAUCCCUCUGAUUGGAUUCCUGCUCUCUGUCCCUCGCCUGCCCAGCAUGGUGGGGAAAGAGGAUUUUGAGAUAGAGGGGCUUGAUUUUAUGUUUCUGUCAGAGGACCGUCUGCACUACCGCAGCCGGAGAACCAAGGAGCUAGAUGACCUCUUAGGAGACCUGCACUGUGUCAUUAGAGAUAUGGAGACGGCAGUGAUGACACAGUUACAGAGCACAAUCCUCGAGAGGAGCGACUCGCUUUACAAGGUUCUGGACCUCAUUGCCGAGCUGGACUGUCUGAUGGCUUUGAGCACCGCCUCUCAAGAGUACGGCUACACCUCGCCCAAACUAGCCAGCCACAGAAAGAUAACAGUCACACAGGGCAGACACCCGCUGUUAGAGCUGUGCUCUCCUGUGUUUGUGGCCAACUCCUUCCAGAGCUCAGAGGCGCAGGGCAGAGUCAAGGUCAUCACCGGCCCCAACUCAUCUGGCAAGAGCAUCUACCUCAAACAGGUGGGUCUGAUUGUGUUCAUGGCUCUGAUUGGCUCCGACGUGCCUGCAAAGGAGGCAGAGAUUGGUCUAGUGGAUGGGAUUUUUACCCGCAUGCAGAGCAGAGAGUCUGUGUCUGUUGGCCUCAGCACCUUCAUGAUAGACCUCAACCAGAUGGCCCAGGCUUUCAACAGCAGUACCGGCAAAUCUUUGGUUCUCAUCGAUGAAUUUGGAAAGGGAACUAACACAGUUGAUGGGCUCUCUCUGUUGGCUGCAUCGAUCUCUCACUGGCUGAGGAAACCUCCGGUGGAUGUUCCUCAUGUCCUGUUGGCGACUAACUUCCACAGUCUGAUGCAGCUGGGCCUGCUGCCCUCCUCUGGCCUGCUGUCUCUUCUGACUCUGGAGACAGCGGUGGACGGGGAUGAGUUGGUGUUUUUGUACCAACUGAAGGAAGGAAUCUGCCAGUCCAGCUAUGCUGCCAACAUCGCUACACUGGCAGGCCUGCCAACUAGCAUUGUUCAGAGAGGAGUGGAGGUGUCUGAACUCUUCAGGACGGGAAGGCUCAUCAAGAGUGUUGACAAAGCGUCAUCGGACGAGCAAACCAACCGGUGCAGGUCUUUGGUGGAGGCUUUCCUGAGCCUCGACCUGGAGGACAAAGAUUUGGACCUUCAGCACUUCAUGAAAGAGGAGCUCCUGCCCUCUGCUGGGGAGCUGCUGAACCGACGCUGA